GUGUGCAUGCAUCCAUAUCAAUAACAAGUAGCACUUACAUUUUUAUAUUUUUAUUUGCCUGAAUUUAGCAAGAAACUUACCUGCCCGUUGCUCUCCUCAAUGGAAUCACGUACAAUACACCAGUUCCUCCAAGGCAAGACUCUUCUCAUUACGGGUGCCACCGGUUUCCUCGCAAAGCUACUUGUGGAGAAGAUACUUCGUGUUCAACCAAAUGUGAAAAAGCUCUAUCUUCUGAUAAGAGCUUCGGACAACAACUCCGCUAGAGAACGCUUCACUGAUGAGGUCAUGAAGUCUGAAUUAUUCAACGUUAUAAGGGAAAAGAUGAGUGUAAACCUUUGCUCUCUCGUGGAGGAGAAGGUGUUUGCAAUUUCAGGUGACAUUUCAUACGAGAAUAUGGGAAUUAGAAACUCCGAGUUAAGAGAGGAAAUGUGCAAAGAAAUAGAUAUAAUAAUAAACUCAGCUGCAACGACCAACUUUUAUGAGAGAUAUGAUGUUGCAAUGAAUGUAAACGUGGUUGGUGCCAUGAAUGUCCUCAGAUUUGCCAAGAGUUGUGGAAAAUUGACAAUGCUUCUUCACGUAUCUACCGGUUAUGUUUGCGGCAAAGGAAAAGGAGUUUUAUUAGAAAAACCAUUCCUUAUGGGUGAGACUCUCAACAAAAUCUCUUAUUUGGAUAUGGAUGUGGAAAGAGAUGUGAUAGCAAACAAAUUUAAGGAACUUGAAGCUCUAAAUGCGACAUCAAAGGAAAUAACAACAACCAUGAAAGAACUUGGCAUUCAAAGGGCAAGAUUACAUGGGUGGCAAAACACAUAUACCUUCACAAAAGCAAUGGGAGAGAUGCUUUUGGGACAUUUGAAGGAAAAUCUACAAGUUGUUAUCAUACGUCCAACGAUUAUAACUAGCACCUACAAGGAGCCGUUUCCUGGAUGGAUUGAAGGAGUGAGAACGGUGGAUUCAUUUAUUUUGGCUUAUGGAAAAGGUAUAUUGAAUUUCUUCUAUGGUGAUCCUGACUCACAACUUGAUGUGAUUCCAGGUGAUAUGGUGGUGAACUCAAUUCUUGCAGCAGCUUUAGCACAUGGAAAUCAACAUUCUCAAGAAGUAGUUGUUUAUCAUAUCAGCUCUUCUUCAAGAGAUCCUCUAAAAAUUUCAAAUAUAGUGUUGUUCUCGUUUCACUACUUCAUGCAAAAUCCGUGGGUUAACAAAGAUGGGAAAACUAUCAAAGUGAGGGCUCCUAUGCGUUCAUUUAGCAGCAUGGCUAGCUUUAGCAAACACAUUUCAACUCAUUAUGUGCCACUAUUAAAGAUGCUAAAGUUUGUGAACCUAGUGUCAUGCCAUUGCUUUGACAAAACCUAUAGGUAUAUGGAAAGAAAGAUGCAUAUGGUUAUGCGUUUAUCUGAAUUGUACGAACCCUACGUGUUUUUCUAUGGAAGCUUCAAUGAUGUUAAUACUGAAAGAUUACGAUUGGCAAUGAAGGAAAUCAACAUGGAUGACGUGCUCAAUUUUGACCCGCGUUGCAUCAAAUGGGAAGAUUACUUAAUGUAUACUCACAUCCCUGGAGUUGUAAAGUACCUAUUCUAGGGAUCAUAUAAGUUUUAUAAUAAUUUUUUACAGAAUAGCUGUAAAGGUGAAAAAAGAUCACCCAAAAAUGAUGUCAAUUGCCAAGAGUGCUUUUCCUGAUUUAUAGUUUUUGAAUAAUUCAGGUAAGAAUAAUUCAGGUAACUAAGCCAUAUGCUAAGGUCAUUGGGCCUCUGAGCCUAAUUCAGUGUGCAACCCUCUAAAUGGUCCGAGUGGGGUGGAUUGGACGAGAAAUAAACGGGUCAUUGGCACUUAUGUCCCUACUAAAUAAUGGGAUAACUAGAUGGCAUAACUAACUCUACUACAUAUUUAUAUUUAGUAGCUAUAAUUUAAAAUAAAUACAUUUCAUAGCUAAUUAUAAUAUGUUAAAUACAAAUUAUAGCUACAUAUAUAUAUAAAGUAGAAUACUCAUAUCACAUUAUUCACUUUCAACCUACCUCUCUCAUCUCUCUUUCUCUUUCUCUUUCUCACUUUCACUGCUCUCUUCCCUCUUUUCUCUCCUUCUCUCUCGCCCAUCUCUUUUCUCCCUCAAUUUUCUCUCCUUUUUCCCCUCUUCUCCCUUCUGUCAUUGGAAAAGGGUAAUUGAAGUAAUUAAUGUUCUUCCACGGACUCAUAUAACCCCCAACUGGUUGCUAAGUGAUACAAAUAAGGCAAGUAGAAUGAUGAUGUUGUUAGAAGGGAUUCUAGGCUUUAAUAUAGCAUGAAAAGCGGAGCAACCAAAAUCCAUUGAUGACCAAGAUUGCAGCUUGGCACUCAAUUCUUCGAGAUAUGUAUUAACCAAAAUGGAUGUUGAAAUUUAAAUAUGGUAGCCUUAAAGAGAGCCUCUAGAUCUGGCCCCCGACCACUAGUGUUGCUUCCACUGAAUCCGGCUCCGUCCGCCAACCACGGUGGCGCAUAAGGGUUGUUGUUGUUGUUAUGAAAUUUCAGGCAGAUCUGGCCGGAAAUCGUCUUCAGAUCUGUUCGGAACUAGUGAUUGUAUUCAUAAAUACGGCGAUUGUAUUCACAUUUUUGAGUUUUUUUGUUAAA